AUGCUGGAAUUAGCUCUACACAUCGCUUUCAGGGUGAGUUUCUGCAAAUCAGGGCACUUACUGGAUAUUCAUGGUGUUACAGGGGCCCUUACUGGAUAUCUAGGGGUGUUAAAGGGGCCCUUACUGGAUAUCUAGGAGUGCUAAAUGGGCCAUUACUGGAUAUCUGGGGGUGUUACUGGGGCUCUUACUGGAUAUCUGGGGGUGUUACAGGGGCCCUUAUGUGAUAUCUGGGGGUGUUACCGGGGCCCUUACUGGAUAUCUGGGGGUGUUACUGGGACCCUUACUGGAUAUCUGGGGCUUUUACAGGGAUCUGUCUUAGUGAAUAUUAAGUGGGAUUAUAGAGGAUUUCUGAAUAUUAAUAGUUCCUGGUUGUUAAUGGGAGGGGGAUACAGGGGAAUCCAGGCUAUUAAUGGUUAAUGGGAGGGUGUUAUAGGGAUUCCAGGCUAUUAAUGGUUAAUGGGAGGGUGUUAUAGGGAUUCCAGGAUAUUAAUGGUUAGUGGGAGGGGAUUCCAGGAUAUUAAUGGUUAAUGGGAGAGUGUUACAGGGGAUUCCAGGCUAUUAAUGGUUAGUGGGAGGGUGUUGCAGGUGAUUCCAGGAUAUUAAUGGUUAAUGGGAGGGGGUUACAGGUGAUUCCAGGAUAUUAAUGGUUAAUGGGAGAGUGUUACAGGUGAUUCCAGGAUAUUAAUGGUUAGUGGGAGGGUGUUGCAGGUGAUUCCAGGAUAUUAAUGGUUAAUGGGAGGGGGUUACAGGUGAUUCCAGGAUAUUAAUGGUUAAUGGGAGGGGGUUACAGGGAUUCCAGGAUAUUAAUGGUUAGUGGGAGGGGAUUCCAGGAUAUUAAUGGUUAAUGGGAGGGUGUUACAGGGGAAUCCAGGAUAUAAAUGGUUAAUGGGAGGGUGUUACAGGGGAAUCCAGGCUAUUAAUGGUUAAUGGGAGGGUGUUACAGGGGAAUCCAGGAUAUUAAUGGUUAAUUGGAGGGUGUUACAGGGGAAUCCAGGAUAUUAAUGGUUAGUGGGAGGGGAUUCCAGGAUAUUAAUGGUUAAUGGGAGGGUGUUACAGGGGAAUCCAGGAUAUAAAUGGUUAAUGGGAGGGUGUUACAGGGGAAUCCAGGCUAUUAAUGGUUAAUGGGUGGGUGUUACAGGGGAAUCCAGGAUAUUAAUGGUUAGUGGGAGGGUGUUACAGGAGAUUCCAGGAUAUUAAUGGUUAAUUGGAGGGUGUUACAGGGGAUUCCAGGAUAUUAAUGGUUAGUGGGAGGGGAUUCCAGGAUGUUAAUGGGAGGGUGUUACAGGUGAUUCCAAGAUAUUAAUGGUUAAUAGGAGGGGCUUACAGGUGAUUCCAGGAUAUUAAUGGUUAAUGGGAGGGGAUUCCAGGGGAUUCCAGGAUAUUAAUGGUUAGUGGGAGGGUGUUACAGGGGAUUCCAGGCUAUUAAUGGUUAAUGGGAGGGUGUUACAGGGGAUUCCAGGAUAUUAAUGGUUAAUGGGAGGGGCUUACAGGGGAUUCCAGGAUGUUAAUGGGAGGGGCUUACAGGGGAUUCCAGGAUAUUAAUGGUUAAUGGGAGGGGAUUCCAGGGUGUUAAUGGGAGGGGAUUCCAGGGGAUUCCAGGGUAUUAAUAGUUAAUGGGAGGGUGUUACAGGGGAUUCCAGGAUAUUAAAGGAACACUAUAGUCACCUAAAUUACUUUAGCUAAAUAAAGCAGUUUUAGUGUAUAGAUCAUUCCCCUGCAAUUUCACUGCUCAAUUCACUGUCAUUUAGGAGUUAAAUCACUUUGUUUCUGUUUAUGCAGCCCUAGCCACACCUCCCUGGCUAUGAUUGACAGAGCCUGCAUGAAAAAAAAACUGGUUUCACUUUCAAACAGAUGUAAUUUACCUUAAAUAAUUGUAUCUCAAUCUCUAAAUUGAACUUUAAUCACAUACAGGGUCUAGCAAGCUAUUAACAUAGCCGGGGAUAAGAAAAUCUUAAUUAAAUAGAACUUGCAAUAAAGAAAGCCUAAAUAGGGCUCUCUUUACAGGAAGUGUUUAUGGAAGGCUGUGCAAGUCACAUGCAGGGAGGUGUGACUAGGGUUCAUAAACAAAGGGAUUUAACUCCUAAAUGGCAGAGGAUUGAGCAGUGAGGCUGCAUGGGCAUGUUCUAUACACCAAAACUAACCAUUAAAGGGACACUAUAGUCACCUGAACAACUUUAGCUUAAUGAAGCAAUGGGACGGGGUUACAGGGGAUUACAGGAUAUUAAUGGUUAAUGGGAGGGGGUUACAGGGAUUCCAAGAUAUUAAUGGUUAAUAGGAGGGGGUUACAGGGUGUUAUAGGGAUUCCAGGAUAUUAAUGGGAGGGGGUUACAGGGAUUCCAGGAUAUUAAUGGUUAAUAGGAGGGGCUUACAGGGGAUUCCAGGAUGUUAAUGGAAGGGGUUUACAGGGAUUCCAGGAUAUUACUGGUUAAUGGGACGGUGUUACAGGGAUUACAGGCUAUUAAUGGUUAAUGGGAGGGGGAUUCCGGGAUAUAAAUGGUUAAUGGGAGGAUGUUACAGGGGAUUACAGGAUAUUAAUGGUUAGUGCGAGGGGAUUCCAGGAUAUUAAUGGUUAACAGGAGGGUGUUUGUAGCGGAUGGCAUUGGGCUGUCCUCAAAAUUUCGGUUUAAUUGUGUAUUUCAUGUAAUUAUUCCCAUGUAUAUCCAUACUGUAUGUAGCCUUUGUCAGAUUGUUCGGUAUUUUCAUUCCGUUUUUCAUAUGAAUGAAAAUACCGAACCAUCGGACCACCCCAGAGCGAAGUGUUUCCCUUGUUAAGCCUUUCACACCAUGUAACCGUAAACUAAUUGACCAUAUAAUCGUUACUUUGUAUGUAUCUAGGUGGUCGCCGUUCGGCAUAUGAACAGCAUGACGGCGGCCAUUUUACCCAAGAAAAUCUCAGCGGUGUUAGGUCGUCGAGUGUCUGGAACUCAAAUCGGACACUCGAUUACCCUAACACCGCUGAGACCUCCAGAACUUCGUAAAUCCCGAACGGAGGGGCUAACCAGCCCCCUCGUUCGGUAAAAUAAAUGUCCCGAACAAGGGGAUUGAUACGAAUGCAGGUUUAGCUCUGGACGGCAAGGAUUUAUAUGCAAUAUAUCUCCUGAACAGAGACCGACCGCAAGGCCAAAUCGCAUGGAGCCUUUUUCGGAUACUACCUCGUGUGCGGUCGGUCAAAUUGUCUCUACCACAUAACUCCCGAACCCCUGGCCUGAUCUGGGUGAAUUUUGAAUAUGUUGGUCACCCAGAUCAGGGCUACCAGGGGGUACCCAUUGUAUAACUCUAUCUGACUGUUUUGGGGUACAUCCAGAAAUCGGGUAAAACUGUAGUAUGUAUAAGUGGAUUAUGUGUCACACUGAGGGGAGGAGAUGUGUGGGAGGUGCCGGUUACACUAUUGGAUCCUGUACUAAUUGAUAUGAAUCCCUCCCUUGCAUGGGAGAAAGCUUUAAAAGAAGGAUGCUUGGAAUAAAAGUUUAGUUCUGCCCCUGAUGCUGUGUGUCGUCCAGUCAUUGGGAUCCGUAUUGGGAUAUUCGUGGAUUACCUUGCUUGCUGUGACUAUUGCUAUAUGGAAUUUUAUUACUUGUUGCUGAGCCUCACUGGGAUCUUUAGUGGAGAUAACCUGUGAAAGACCAGCUCUCCACUACAGGGAUUCCAGGAUAUUAAUGGUUAAUAGGAGGGUAUUACAGGGAUUCCAGGAUAUUAGGGGUUACAGGAUAUUAAUGGUUAAUGGGAGGGGAUUCCAGGAUAUUAAUGGUUAAUGGGAGGGGGGUACAGGAAUUCCAGGAUAUUAAUGGUUAAUGGGGGGGGGUUACAGGGAUUCCAGGAUACUUUUGGUGGUGCUGUAUGCUCUAUGGUUUGCGGGAGGAAGGGUUAUUCGUGGUGUUCAUGCAGAAUUUCUGGUGGCGCUGCAUGUUGCGUGGUUUAGGGGAGCCUGGGCUAUUUGGGGUGUCCAUACUUGUAGCUAUGAAGAGAGACUUCCAUUAACUAUGCAUCUGCUGAGAACAUUAAAAUAUUAACCUCUUUUUUCCAUUUCUCCUACAGCCGAGGGCCAUGGCGGGCUUCAGGAAGCUUGCCGUCUCUGUCAGUGCUCUCCUCACUCUUGUGGCACUAAAGAUUUACAUUGAUAUGACCUAUACGUUUCCCCCGCACACUGGCCUGCUAUUAGGCACCAUCCAAACUCCUAGAAACACCCUGAUACUCUUGGAAGCUCUGCGAGGCCAGGAGAAUGAGUCUAUUUUUGCCCUUCGCGACCUGGCUCAGAAGCUCCGAAAGGUGGUCAUUGAGUCAGAUGCCCUGUGGAACAGCAAAGAGCUACAGCUAUUAAAUCAUAAGGGACUGAAAGCCUGGACUUGUCAGAAAGAUAAACAGUAUUUAAAAGACCCCAAUACAUAUCCAGACUCCCUGAAAGACUUUCUGCUAUAUGGAGGAGAAUGCAGGAACCAAGAGAUAUUGAUAGACCAGCCAAACAAAUGUCCUCUUAACAAGACUUUUCUUCUUCUGGCCAUCAAGUCUUCUCCUCAAAAUUUUGCCCAACGGCAAGCUGUAAGAGACAGCUGGGGUAAAGAGAGAGAUUAUGGGGGACACCAGGUCAGACUUGUCUUCCUUCUUGGUGUUGCACCUGGACCUGACCUAUCUUCACUUUUGUGGUACGAGAACAAACAUUCCCAAGAUCUUCUCCAGUGGGCCUUCCUGGACACCUUCUUCAACUUGACUUUGAAGGACCAGUUGUUCCUGGGUUGGGCAAGGGUACGAUGCCCAGGAGCCAGUUACAUCCUUAAAGGGGAUGAUGAUGUUUUUGUCCAUAUGCCUGAAAUUGUGCACCAGCUAUCCUUGAUGGAUAGAAAGAAUCCUCACGCUCUUUAUAUGGGAGAUGUGGUUAUGGACGCCAACCCUUAUAGAGACCCCCGAAGCAAGUAUUUUAUCCCAUCAUCCUAUUACACUGGAUCAUAUCCCCCGUAUGCAGGAGGAGGCGGGUAUGUUUUUUCUGGAAUCUUCAUCCAUUGGUUGUACUUGGUGUCACAGCUUGUGGUUCCAUUCCCCAUUGAUGAUGUCUACACAGGGAUGUGUUUCAUGGCUUUGGGGGUGAGUCCCUUAAAGCACCCAGGAUUCCGGACAUUUCAUGUUCCAGGAGACAAGAGCACUGCAAAAUGCCCCAAACAGCAGCUUCUUUUAGUACAUCGUAAAACACCCCAGGAAAUGCUGAAGAUGUGGGGGGAACCGAUGGCCAAUAUGGCUCCAUGCUGA